AUUUUCUUUCAGAUAAAAGUACCACUCCGUAUAAGGCAAAUUCCAUAUUACUGCAAAGAUGGGAAAAAUAUAUGAGCGUCGGUUGAAACAACCAUCGCCAACCAUAUCUCUAGGACAAGCCAUACUGGAUAAACUGCGCGAAAACAGCGAUGAUGUUUUGCUAAUAGACGGAUACAACGGUAAUCGAAUGACGGGCAAAGAACUGCUGGAGAAAAGCGUGAAAUUCGCGAAUUUUUUACAAAAAUACGGGAUAAAAGUUGGAGACAGAAUUUCCAUCGUAUCUGAAAAUCGAAUAGAUUAUUUAAUACCGGUUUGCGCGACUUUUUACAUUGGUGCUAUAUUAGCACCAUACAAUCCUUUGUACACGGAACAUGAAUUCCAGCACAUAUUAAACAUCGCGAAACCACGUAUUAUUUUGGUGUCUCGGCGCAGCGAACGUCUCGUUGCUAAAAUUGUUCCGAAUUUAUCCUGGAAGAUAGAUUUAAUAGAGUUGGAUGAUCAGCCGUUCACAACAAAUAUCCGUACAUUGACGGAUAUUUUAAGUAAUGAACAAGCCGUAGAUUUUUUAGGAUAUAAACCAAUAGAUAUCGGUGACAGCAGCCAGCAUCCGUCGUUUAUUCUUUGUUCGAGCGGAACUACUGGAUUGCCGAAAGGAGUGACUUUGUCUCAUAAAAAUAUAUUAGCGUUUCUGUCAAAACUAAAGCAUCCUGAAUACCUGGAUAUAAGACGACGCGACAGAUUUUUGAUGAUACUACCGUUCUUUCACGGUUACGCGAUAUGCACAAUGCUGCUCACGAUAUACACAGGCUGCAUCACAGUCGUGAUGUCCACCUUCGAGCCGAAACUCUUCCUAGACCUGAUGCAGGAGCACAAAGUCACCCAUCUGCCGCUGGUGCCGCCGAUCCUGACAUUCCUGGCGAAGCACCCGAUGGUGGAUAAGUACGACUUUCGCAGCGUGAGAGAACUCAUGUGCGGAGCGGCGCCGCUUGCGAAGGACAUCGUAGCCGCUGUGAAGGCUCGCCUCGGCAUAAAAUACAUUCGCAAUGGCUAUGGCAUGACGGAGAUGUCGGUAGUAAGCAAUGUGAGCGCACGCGAAGAUGAGGAUGAUUCGUUCGAAAAUCUGACAACCGGAGUAUGCUUGCCCGGUUACCUCAGCAAAGUGGUCGAUAUCGAGACACAAGAGACGCUAGACGCUGGUCAGGUAGGAGAGAUCUGCUACAAGGGAGAGCAAUUGAUGAUGGGUUACUGGAACAAUCCAGAGGCCACCAGGCAGACCAUCGACCAUGACGGAUGGCUGCACACCGGUGACGUCGGCUACUUCGACGAGAAGGGCAGACUACGCGUGGUCGAUCGUAUCAAAGAGCUGAUCAAGUACAAAGGCUAUCAGGUCUCGCCGUCAGAGAUAGAGACGGUCCUACUGUCGCAUCCCGCGGUGAAGGACGCCGCGGUCACAGGAAGACCCGAUAAACGCAGUGGUGAGAUUACUAUGGCUUUCGUAGUAAGGCAACCCGGCGCUACGAUUACCGCCCAGGAUAUCCAGGAUUUUGUCAAACAGAAACUGUCGCCGCAAAAAUGGUUGCAUGGCGGGGUGCAAUUUGUCGAUGCCAUACCCAAGAAUCCUUCCGGCAAGAUCCUACGCCGCGAACUUCGAGCAAUGAUCGCUAAACUAUAAUAUUAUAAAUUGCAAAUUUAUCAAUAAAUGUAAUUGGCAAAUAAAAAUAAAAUAUGAAUCUCCUUUGAUACAAACUAGCAUGCAAUCGUAUAAAAAAAUAUACAAUUUAUAUUUUUAAUAUCGUUAAAAUCCAUUUGAGGAAAGUCAUUUUACGUAAGUUAUGUGUAUUUUAUGAAAGUUAUUCUAUGUUAGUUUUAAACAAAUAAAUGUACCGUUGCAAAUAGAAAUAAUUAAGUAUGUAGAUGUUUCUCUGAAACACAAAUUUAUUCUAUAUAGCGUGUUGUCACAUCGAGUAAUUUGUAAAUGGACUGUUGACCAACUAAUGUGCGACCAUACAAAUAAACACGAACGCUCGGUGACCCAGUUUCUCUCUCAAAUAUAUUGAAAUAGCACAGUGAGAGAGUGCUUGCGAGUUAUUACGCGAUAUCACUUUUACGCCAAUACUGCGGUGCUACGAAAAUAAGCGAAGAAACCUGUUGCGUUACAUACGUCAAGCAAGCGACGAACAACGCGCGCUCUCGUACUUCAUCAAUAUCCAACUUUCUUUCCUCCUUUACGACGAUACAGUCGAGCUUCUUAUCGAUCUUCAUGUGUUUCUCAUUGAAUUUUUGUAAUAAGUCAGAAAAUAUCUAUAACAGAGUUAAACUCUCUGUUGUGAACGACAGGAACUGUAAUGGCUCACGAUGGUCGACUCAAGUCUUGAAACCUUUCACGUGGCAUUAAAUUACCAGAAGCAUCAAUCUUCCAUUAUUUUCUCUCUAUAUCGAAGGCUCUAUUUUAUAGCAAAGACUUUGUCGCGUUUGAUAUAGUACAAUACAAAGAUACUUUGAUUUCAAAUAGAUUCAGCUGAGAGUUGACAUAUCGCACGUUGCGAGUUUUAACCCGAUGCGAUGUAUUUAUAAGAUUCUAAUUCUUCACAGAAUUUUUUUAACAGGAGUAUAUUGAUUA